AGUUAAAAGAAGUAUAACGUCGAUUAAGAAUGAAAUUUGUCUUACAUCUUUUUCCCUGCUAUUUCCUUCAAAAGUGUAGUAAUCUCUCGCUUCCACUAUUCUUUUCCAUGCUAUUUACACAAUUUCCCCUAUAUAUAUAUAUCAUGGAUUAUCACGUUUAUCCCACGCAUCCGCUAGUAAUAGCGAUACAAACCGUUUCUUCGAACGGAUAGAUCCGGAGACUUUCUCGCUUCAAGGAUUUUCGCUUCGAAAAUUCAGAGAGCUCUCUUCUUUCUUUGAGCCGUGUAUAUCGAGGUAUGCACGUGCACUGUUCCGAAUGUUCCUAAAGAUUAGACGUGUUUUUGUGUAGGUGUAAAUGCGGAUGAGAUAUUGAAGCCCGAUCCACUGCUGGUGCACUCUCGGGAAGAAAUCGAAAGGCUGCAAAAUGCAAACGCGGCGCUCGAAGAUAAAGUGAGGGAUCUGGAGGAAACUCUGGCCGAACGAGACUGUUGCGACGAUCCUGGCGCCACGAUUUUCUUCCUCAGGGAGAAGAUGAGAUAUUUUAGGGAGCGUUUCGCGCUUGAAAAGAAAGAAUUGCGAGACAUGAUAUCGGAAUUGAAGUUGAAAUUGGCGCAGACCGAGGAGAAUGUCACCUGCCCGGCGAUACAUCGUCUAAGGGCGAAGCUUCGUGACCUCAUGAAAGGGGAGCCAAUCGAGACGUUGGUGUCCAUCUCGAAAAGCUGCGAGGAUCUGCGUUCAGAGAACGAGAAUCUGAAGGCCGAAAUGGCCAAUUUGAAACGCGCGUUGGCCCAGUGUGAAGCAAAGAUAAAAGACAUAGAGGAGCCGAAGGAAGUGAAAGUGGUCGAGACGGUCACUGUGCCUGAAUACGUCGAUAUCGAAGAUUUGUUGAACAAAUUGAACAAUUGCGAGCAAACGGUGGUCAAUCUGACGAAAGAGUUGGAGGAGAAGAACAAUAAAAUCGACGCGUUGAACAAAGAAUUGGAGCAGAUGCUCAUUUUGAAAAGUCUGGAGGAGCAAAUAAUGAUAAUGAAACAGGACCUCAAGAAGAAAGACGAGAAGGUACGGUGUUCAAAAGUAAUGCUAGCAAACUUAAUGGGGAUGAGUUUUCCUUGCUGACUCGAAUUGAUUUUCNCUCUCUCUCU